AUGCCAGUUCAUGUAGUUUUACAUUUUUUAGAACCAAUUGAUAAAACAUUUGGGUUUACAGAACCUGACACGUUAGAACUUGGAAGGGCCUCGGGUUUCAUUGAAAAUGCUACCUUAAGUAGAAAGCAAGCUUUAUUUGAAGUAAGGGAUGGAAAAGUUUAUGUUACCGCGCUCGGGUCCAAUGCAAUGAUGAAAGGGAAUAAGACAAUUCGAAAAAAUAACAAAAUUGAAAUAUUCGAUGGAGAUAUUUUAACAUUAAUGCAGAAAAAAUAUCCAUUUACAGUUACGAUAACUCAGACAGAGCAAAAAGUUCCGGAUUUAGAUAGUUUGCUAGAUGAUAAUAAUAAAACACGAUUAAUGAAAAACUUGGGAAUAGGUGCUUCAACUUCAUCAACACCGAAAUUACCACCCCAACAUAAUUAUGAAUUAGAUAAUGAUACACCAUCACAAUUAUUGAAUGAUAUGCUUUCUUCUCAAAGUUCAUUGUUAGAUUAUGGAACAAAUGAAGAAGGUAAAGUUAGUUCAAUUGAUAAUAAUACAUUGGAUUAUACAAGAACAAGAGAAUUAAGCAAUAGUGAAACAAGUGAUGAUGGAGCUGAAGGAGUUUACGAUAGUGAUGAAAUAAGUAGCAUUGGAUCUGUUGGUAAUAUAAUCACCGAUGAGUCUUCAUAUUUGGGUAGUUCGUUUAAUUCUUCUGAUUCUGAAGACAUGAUACAGGAAAUUGAUGAUGUUGUUAAAGAAGAUAAGAAAGGAUCUCGUGUCAAAGGAAAAGGCAGAGAACAAGAACGAGACAACAAAAAGGUUAUCCAAGAUACAAAAGUGAAAGAAGUGGAGAAAAGGACAAAUGUUCGAGGACGGGUCCUUUUAAAUGUUACUGGUAUUCAAAGUCAAAAAGAAGCUGCCGGCGGCCCAAAAAAUAAGGCAAAACAACCAGUAAAAGAACCAAAAAAUGCAAAAGCUCCAGCAAAAGCUGCAAAGGGAAAGACCCCAAAAGAUGGUAAAUUUAUUCCAUAUUCCACAACUCCAAAUACUGGACCCGGUUCUUUAGACUUUUAUUAUUUAUUAUGGAAUGUCUCUUACACCGCCGGGGAAGGGUUACCUAUAAAUAUUAUUGUAAAUCCAAAAACAAAAGCUCCUUCAGAGGUUUCUUUAACGUUGUUCGAUGAGUACAAUAAUAUUAAAUUGACUGAUAUUGCCAGUAAAGUAGCAAUCAAAGCCCCCCAGGAAGGAGUUCCUUUCGCUGUUUAUACUUGGACAGUUGCAAAUAAGUUGCCAGCCGAAUUUGAUUUUAAAUCCGGCCACUUUACUUUACAAAUGUCAUAUCUUGAAAAUGGCAAAACUAUGACAAAAGAUAGGCGCAUCAAACUUAAUAACGUAAUUGCUAAUCCUGGUGGUGCUCCUAAUCCGGCCACCGUAAAAAAAGUAAAGAAUGAAAAGGAUGCUAAUAUGGACAACAAAAAGGAUGGUUCAUAUGGUUCCACUAAUUCCUCCGAUUCCCAAACCUCCAAGAAAGAAAAUAACAAUAACAAAUCAUCCACUUCCUCCGCUUCCAAAAUUUCCAUUUCCAUCAUUUCUGUCGCAACCUUAAUGAUUCUACAAUUUAUCAACGUAUCAUUGUAA